UUCCAAGAUGACAAGUAACGUUCAUUCGCUUGCAUUUGCUUCUUCCAACACGCGGAGUCCAGGCGAAACACGGGAGCCCUCACGCAGCACUGGAACCUCGCCCCAUCUUCCGGACAUCAUUUUCUUGUUCAAGUGAGAAAAAAAACUGUUGGAUAUGAGGCGACUGAGCUUUUGCCUACUGAUGCUUCUUCAUUGCUCUGCACUUACAGCAUUCGAAUGCAGCUCCGAUCAAAUCAAGUGCGCCAACGGCCGUUGCAUCACCCGCAGGUGGGUUUGUGACGGCUCGGACGACUGUGGCGAUGGAACUGACGAACUGCCUGAAACAUGUGAGGCCAGAAAAUGUCUGUUGUCGGAGUUCAGCUGCGGUGCCCCCGAGCAUCGGUGUGUGCCGCAGACCUGGCACUGCGAUGGACAAGUGGACUGUGAAAAUGGCAUUGAUGAACAGAAUUGCACUGCAAAACAAUGCACAGACAAACAGUUUCGCUGUACUUCCGGCCAAUGCAUCUCCACCGGCUUCGUGUGCGACCACGUCGACGACUGCCCGGACGGCUCCGACGAGGCUUCCUGCCCGCCACCCAUUUGCAGCCCGUUCUACUUCCAGUGUAACAACACGGCGUGCGUGCUCGAUAUCUGGCGCUGCGACGGCACGAAAGACUGCAGAGACGGCUCGGACGAGUGGCCGGAGAACUGUGCGGGCAAGCGGCCCCAGAAGGAGGUUGUGGCUUGUAAGGACCGUGAGUUCCAGUGUGCUGAUGGAGAGUGCAUUCCCGAGAAAUGGCGCUGCGAUGGAAGCGCGGAAUGCUACGAUCAGUCGGAUGAAGUCAACUGCACUCGCCCCACUUGUCGCCCGGAUGAGUUCCCGUGUAGUGACGGCACUUGUAUCCACGGCAGCCGCCAGUGCGACAAAGUAAACGAUUGCUCGGACUCCAGCGAUGAGAUCGACUGCCACGCAGAAAAUGUGUGUGACGGUGCCACUGAGUUCCAAUGUCACAGCGGGGAAUGCAUCAACAUGGCCAAAGUGUGCGACACGCAGAGAGACUGUCGAGACGGUUCCGAUGAACCCGUCGACCAAUGUGACCACAACGAAUGCUUGGUAGGAAAUGGCGCUUGCGCCCAUGGUUGUAUUGAUCACAAACUUGGCUACAGCUGCUCCUGCCCUGUUGGAUUCAUACUGAAGGCGGACAACAGAAGCUGCGAAGACAUCAACGAAUGUGCCGAGCCAGACACUUGCAGCCAGAUUUGCAUCAAUGAACCCGGCAGGUACAAAUGCGAUUGUAAAGACGGCUACGAGAUGGACCCAGUUAGCAAGACGUGCAAAGCCGUUUCAGGCACCACGGCCGCACUUUAUUUCACCGAUCGGCAUGAUGUGAGGAUGCUGACGGUGGAUCGUAGUGAGUACAUGCCUGUGAUGAGCGGGCUGAAGAACGCGGUGGCUUUGGACAUGGACAUCUCAAACAAGAUCAUCUUCUGGUCGGACCUUUCCCACAAGAAAAUCUACAGCUGCGAGAUAGACACGGCCGCCAACUCCUCCCAUCACACGGUGGUGAUCGGCACUGGGAUCGAGGCCCCGGAAGGCCUCGCCGUCGACUGGAUCCACGGCAACAUCUACUGGACCGACAGUUCUUUACAGAGCAUCUCUGUGGCCACCACAAAUGGCCACAAGAGGAAAACGCUGAUCGCUGAUAAUCUUCAGAAGCCAAGAGCCAUAACGGUGGAUCCCGUGAACAAUUUCAUGUACUGGACUGACUGGGGCGAGACGCCAAGGAUAGAAAAGAGCGGUUUGAACGGAGCUGACCGUGUUGCCUUGGUAACCGACGACAUUGUGUGGCCUAAUGGAAUCACCCUCGACCUCGUCAACCAGCGUCUCUAUUGGGUGGACUCCAAGAUACACGCGCUGUCCAGCGUGGACGUGAACGGCGGGACCAGACACACACUCAUCCUCAGCAAAGAAAAGCUUUUGCAUCCCCUUUCGCUGGCUGUGUUUGAGGAUAAAGUGUUUUGGACCGACACGGGCAACAAAGCUGUUUACAGCGCCAACCGUGAGACGGGACACGACAUCACGAUGCUGGCCUCCAACCUGUACCAGCCGGAGGACAUCGUGCUCUUCCACGACCUCAAGCAACCGAGCGGUUCCAACUGGUGCGCAGAGAAGAACCGUAUGAAUGGAGGCUGUGAGUUCCUGUGCCUUCCUGCUCCUGUCAUCAAUCAACGUUCGCCGAAAUAUACCUGCGCCUGCCCUGAUCACAUGAGCAUGGCGGCUGACAUGAGGAAAUGUGUGGAAGGCUCAGUCGCGCCAGAAGACCGGCCGCUUCCAACAAAUACCUCCACUGAUGCCGAAACAACCUCGACUACCUCAAGAACCAGCUCCCAGAAGCCGGACGUCUUCCCUGGACUGAAACCUUCAGCUCCAGCUCAAACCAACAGACUUGCCGACGGGACCACCGAGGCGCAGCCGUCCCACACUGCUGCUCUCUUCAUCGUAAUUCCAAUUGUGGUCAUGAUCAUGCUGUUAUUUGGAGCCAUGCUGCUCUGGAGACACUGGAGACUGAGGAACACCAACACCAUGCACUUUAUCAACCCCGUUUACCAGAAAACCACAGAAGACGAGAUGCAAAUCUGCAGGAACUCUGAAGGCUACGUCCAUCUGCAGAGGCAAAUGCUGUGUACGGAGGACAUAGACAUUGCAUGAUAACAUGUCAAAGACAUUCAGUUUGUUUUUUGUUGGUUUUCCCGCACAAAAAGAAAUGAAGCCAUUUUUGUUUUCCUGGCGUUACUUUAUCAUUGCUGUGACUUUUUGACCUUGGCGCAAUCCAAAGAAGCACCAGACAUGGCUGGAUUAGGCAAAUGAAGGGGGGGGGGGGGUCGUCAUGCAAGUCAAACCUCCAACAUUUUGUCAGAAUGAAGUUCAGAAGACGACACUUGCACAUUUUUUUUUUUCUUUUGUGCCGGUUUGAAUGUAACCAACAGCUUUGGUAAUAUAUUUAUUCUUGGCUGCUGCCUUUUGCUAUUGUAAAGCGCCCAAUGAUUCCAGGAUUCAAAAGCCAGUGAUGUCUUAGAACACAAGCGUGCCUUUCAGACGCAUGCUGGUAGUUAAUGUCCAUUAAUUGUUAUAGCUCAGACCAGUAGUUUUUUUUUUUUUUCCCAGCCAUGACAACCGUAAAGAAUGUUAAAGUUUUUGUUUACUUGGUAAAAGUGUGUUGCACGUAUUUUGCCUUGUGAUGCGUUUUUUACAUUGCGUCUGAAUGAAGAGGAAAUAGCGCAGGCGGUUUGCUUUUUAAAUGUGUACGCUGCUGAAUUUCCUGUUCAACCAAAAAUGAAGAAGUUGUUUCAAUUGAAGAUGUCAAAUGUGACUCUUGAGUAGUGAUAAAAAAAAAUGUACAUAGUGUGCAAAUAUUUUUGGAAGACACUCAAACUGUUUCCUUUUCUGUGUGCGCUGAAUCGGGAAAUAUUUUUUAUUUAUUAUUGUGGUGGAUAAUGUUAUGUUGUUGAUUGUGUGGUAUUGCUGUAAUAUCCCCAAACUGAAUCAUAUUCUGGACAUAUUUAAGUGUGAUAUAAUUAUCACCAUUGUGUGCUGUAUUAAUAUUUGGCAUUUCCAUUGUGAACAUUUGGAAGUGCACAAUCUUUUUUUUUUUUAUACAAGUUUUAAUUAUAUUUUAAUCGCAAUUCGCUGGCGAUCAGCAAGACUGGUUCAGAAGAUUAAUGAAUAAGGAAUAUUUUAAUGCAAAUUCUCAAUUAGUCUUCACUGUGUUAAGUUUUAUUUUCAGGCAAAACUACACAUUCAACAAAUGACCUCCACGUCUUGGCUCUGUGCAGCUGUUAAUCUUUUUUUUUUUUUUUGAGUGACAAUCGCAUUUUAUUUUUGAUCGCUUGAUUUUUGUAUGACUUUGUUUCCACUGUGAAAAGCAAGGCACACGUAAAGCAGAAUAUUUGUUAACGUAUCCAUAUUAUACAUUGCUUGUUUAGUGCCCGUAUUUUUGUCACGUUGUGUUUGCCUUUUUAGAAAUAAAAAAAAAAAAGUUA